ACAACAAGCGCACGCCACCUUCUUCACUCGGCACCCCUUCCCCCUCCAUUUCCUCGUAGAGCCGGGGUUUCCACUUUGCAGGAGGUGAAAGCCCUAAGCCAUGGCGAGGAUCACGCGUCAUGGGCCUGGACGGAAGAAGCUCUACCGGAGAUCAAGGGAGGCGCGGCGCUUGAGCGAGGGCGGCGGUUGGGCCGCUCCAUCCUCCACCGCCGGACCAGGAGCAGAAGGUCCCCCGCAGCAGGAGCAGCAACAGGUGGAAAUCGAUAAACUAACUGAAGAGGAUAUCGACUCAGUGUGCUUGUUUGUGUUUAAGUUUGAUGAGCUGCAUGAAAAGCUUAUGAUGAGGGAUGCUAUUCUUCAGCUUGAGCUUGAGGGUCUGUACGAGACAAAGGAGCUGUACGAUUCAAGGACGACAAAUCUUAAGAAGACAACGAAGUCUCCAGAUUCAAAUAAGCUCAAACAGCUGAAGUUUGCUACCAGGAAAAGCUUAGAAUUGGAGGAGCUAAUCAAUGACCGCAAGAUGGAAUUGCACGAGGUCCAUUUGCUGAAGAUAAAGUCAGAGGCAGCUAUGAGAUCGAAUGUAUCUCUUCUAAGUCAGUAUGCUGCUCAUGAGGAAGAGGGGUCUAUGAUAGGGUACCUUGCUCGUAUCAUGAGGAUGGAUUAGCUUUGCUGUCAAUCGAUCAGGCCUAGUGUGGCCCCAAGCUGGUACAGUUUCUUUCUUCAUAAGAGAUAAUCAGAGAUAACAAGUCAAAACAUACGCAUGUAUAUAUGGUAGCAGGCGGACUGCUAAUCAGAUCAGACAUAUUAAGCGUGGGAUGGGUUGUUUCGUCAAGUUCGCUAUGACGAAUUUGUGCCACUAAGUACUGACAAAGUCAGCUAGAGCAAGGCUUUAAGGUGGGCCCGUGUAAUAUUAGAGAAUUUGAUGAUGUCGAUCUGAACGCCGCCAAACGGCAGCCAUAGUGUAGUACUAGCAUGGAUGGCACUGGAUUUCAAUGACUCGUGCAGCGUAUAUUGCAGUUCUAAUCCAUGUGAACGGAUUGCCUUCUUUU